CGGGGUCAAUGAAAACAAACGGGGAGGCCCGGGGGGGUGGGAAGGAAGGCGGGCGAGGAGGAGGGAACGCCGGGGCGCGGGAAGGAACAGCCGUGUGGUGGACGCGCGAGCCGAAGGCGGGUUGCGGUCGUGAUUUUGUCGCCGCCGCCGCCGAGGCUCGCCCGGGGAUGUCUGAGUCCGCGCCUCGCGGCCCCCGAGCUUCAAGCGGCGGCCGCCGCCCGGGCCUCUAAGGGCCGCCACGUCCCGGCGGCGCGCGCGCGGGCUCAGGGCGGCUCGGUGCCGGCGGGGUUGCCCGGGGAGUGCCGGGGCGGGCCGGGAGGGGCUGCCCAGGCUCCGCGCCUACCCAGCACCGCGGCCGGCGCCCGGCCAGGAGGAUGCGCGGCGCCGGGCUCUGAAGCAUGGAGGGGGUUCUGUACAAGUGGACCAACUAUCUCACAGGUUGGCAGCCUCGUUGGUUUGUUCUAGAUAAUGGAAUCCUGUCCUACUAUGAUUCACAAGAUGAUGUUUGCAAAGGGAGCAAAGGAAGUAUAAAGAUGGCAGUUUGUGAAAUUAAAGUCCAUUCAGCAGACAACACAAGAAUGGAAUUAAUCAUUCCAGGCGAACAGCAUUUCUACAUGAAGGCGGUGAAUGCGGCGGAAAGACAGAGGUGGCUCGUUGCUCUGGGGAGCUCCAAAGCCUGUUUGACUGAUACUAGGACGAAAAAAGAAAAAGAAAUAAGUGAAACCAGUGAAUCACUGAAAACCAAAAUGUCUGAACUUCGCCUCUACUGUGAUCUCCUAAUGCAGCAAGUUCAUACUAUCCAAGAAUUUGUUCAUCAUGAUGAGAAUCAUUCAUCUCCCAGCGUGGAGAACAUGAAUGAAGCCUCUUCUCUGCUUAGUGCCACGUGUAAUACAUUCAUCACAACGCUUGAGGAAUGUGUGAAGAUAGCAAAUGCCAAGUUUAAACCUGAGAUGUUUCAGCUGUCCCAUCCGGAUCCCUUGGUUUCUCCUGUGUCACCUUCUCCUGUUCAAAUGAUGAAGCGUUCUGUCAGCCAUCCUGGUUCUUGCAGUUCAGAGAGGAGUAGCCACUCUGUAAGAGAACCAGUAUCUACACAUCACCGACUCACCCAGCGCCGCCGAAGAACCUACUCAGAUACAGACUCUUGUAAUGAUAUUUCUCUUGAAGACCCAGAUAGACCUGUUCACUGUUCAAGAAAUACACUCAAUGGAGAUUUGACAUCAGCAACAAUUCCUGAAGAAAGCAGACUUAUGGCCAAAAAAAAAUCUGAAUCGGAAGAUCCUCUUCCAUCCUUCUCUUCCUGAGGAAACGGAAGUGUCCAACUUCCUCUAAGUAUUGCUAUGCAAAAGCUGCUGUAAUUAAACUAUGUUAUAGGGAGUAGUUUUUCCCUUAGGAUUUCUCUGCACUUUAUAGAAUACUGUAAAACAAACAAACAACAACAAAAAAACAACCCACAUACCUUUGAAGUGUAUUUUAUCUUUAUAUAGUUUAUUUGCAAGAGUAUUUUCCUAAUAACUUCACAGUAUGAAUGUGCAUCUUUUCUUUUUUUUUUUUUUUUUAAAACAAAUGAUGGUGUAACAUUUUGACCUCCAUAAGGACAAAUGUAGAUAUUUUUCUAAAAAACUGUGAGGGACUGACAGAUGAGUCAGUGUGUAUUGUAGCUUAUAAACAUGAAAUCUUAGAAACAUAAGGUUUCUGUUUGACAGAAGUGUGAUAUAUGUAACUUGUGCCAUGGACCAGACGGUCACUUUACCCCAGCUAAAAAUGAGUUACAAUAGCAGCUUGAUGGAGAUUCUAUUGUAUUCCUUUAAGCAAAAGGACACAUUUAAUAUUCUAAAUAUUUUUAGCCCAAAUACCGUGACAUAUUGAGGAUUUUUUAAAAACCAGGCUGUGCUGUCCUUCAUAUGUGAAGUUGACACUACUGAUUUGUCAAUACCAAAUGUUGGGUUAAAGUAUUUAACUUUUAUUUAUUUUUCUGUUGCAUCAAAAAAAUGAUUGCAUCCUAACUUUUAUGACCUACCAAAUUUAAGAUGUGUAUACAUUGUUAUUUACAUUGUUCUAGAAAAGAGGUUAAUGUUGUAGUGACCUUGCUCACUUAUACCAGAGAAAUAAAUGCCUUUCAAUGGAA